CACCAAAAAGAGAGAAAGAAAAAAAGAAAAAAUAUAGCCCACAAAAUAGAUGAAUAUUUAAGAGAACAUAUGAAUGAUAAAAAUAUCAUCAAAGCUAUAGAACAGCAGCAGCAAGAGGAAGAAGAUGAAAAGAUUAGAAAAUUUAUCAAAGCAAAAAAGCAUCUUUUACAAAUGGGGAGAGAAAAAGAAGCUGAAACACAAAGGUUAAUGGAGGAACGGAGAGAAAGAAUAAAUAACUUCCUGGGUGAACUAAUGAAAGAGAAACUUGGUACUGAAGAUUUAAUUACUGCUAGAGAUAUUGCAGAAGCUGAGGCUGAAUGGGAGAGAAGAGAAAAAGAAAAAAAUGAAAAAACUCAAGCAGAAUUAAAAGCGAUUGCGGAACAUAGAGCCAUUGUGAUGAAAAACAAAGAGGAGGAAGAAAGACAAAGAAAAUUAGAGUCUAAAGAACAAUUGCUGGCUAUCAUGAAAGCAGAUCAGAUUUACCAGGAGCAUGAAAAUGAGAAAAAACUCAAAGCUAAUAAAGAACUCCUAGAAGUUCAAGAUGCCCAUAUUCAACAAAUGGCAAAAAAUAAGUUUAAUGCAAAAGAAGCAAAACAAGAAGAACUGGAUUAUUGGAGACAUACUGAAAUGCUCGCAGCUGAAAAGGAGAAAGAAUUUCAGAAUUAUGCCAGAGAAGUAAUUAAAUUUGAAUCUGAAUCAGGAAAUAAACAUAUCUAUCCUCUCGUAAAAGCUGCACAGAAAGGACCUGGAGGUGGCCGUGGGCCAGCCUUUGUGGACAGAAGUGGGGUGAAGCCCAGCUACCAGGCAAAUGAUAGCACUGGGGGUCAGCUUCCUUUCUAUAACCCUCAGAGGGUGAGAUACAACGAUUUUCAGAAAUCUAAGGGACGGCUAGGCUUUACAUGGUAGAAGAAAAUUUAUUUUAAGACUGACAAAAUUUAUUGUCUCAUAUAUGAGCUACAAAUGUAAAUGGAUU